UGCACAUCUGUUACUAACAUACUUCUUGAUAUGAAACGUUCCUUAGUUUUGCUUCCCAAACGAAACUUGAAGUUAGUAGAAAAACUAUCAUCAAAAACUAUCAAGAAAAUGGACAUCAUCGUUGUCACCGACCAAGAUUUUGGUUAUAACCGCGACGUUCAAAAAAAAGUACAGCAGAUUGUGUCAUCAAUAGAUCAUAGUAAGUAUACUGUCCAUCACUUGUCAGAAAAUGAAUUACUAAAACAGCCAUGGCAGAAAAACUCAAAAUUAGUCGUGUUGACAUGUGCAAGCAUGCCAAAAAGUGCUGAAUCAGUUUUAAUGGACUUCAAAAGCAGAGGUGGCGAAGUCUUAAACAUCUAUAAAGACGCGGUUUUCAGUCGAACAACCCCAAGAGAACAACCGAAUGAGACACAGUUUAGCCACAGCUUUCUGGAAGCUUUUGAGAAUCUUGGUUUGUUGCCAAAUUGUCAAGUCUCGUGUCCAAAACACACCAACGGAGUUUUAAUGGGAACUCUUGAUACUAAUUUUGAUACCAUUCCAGCUGUGCUGAAAGCUAACAAUAAUUUUCAAAUCACUCUUAGAAACGAACAAGACAUUAAAGAGUCUUCAAGUGAGCAUUUGGUUUAUCAAAAUGCUACGAAGUGCUCUGAGUUCGACUACAACACAUUUUGCGAUAAAUUUUCCUUCUUCUCUUCUUUAUUAUCUGCAGAGAAUCAAGCUAAUAAAUUGAUCCCACUAGUAAUGCAUACAAAAGUACUAGAUUCGACCAUGAAUGUCACGCGUGCUUUUUGUCAUGGGGACUUGCACAAUGUUAUCUGUGUCGCAGAUGUGCAGUUACAAGGCAAAGGUCGCAGGUCAAAUACUUGGAUCAGUAACGAAGGAUGUGCUAUGAUGUCUUUCUCGCUAGGCCUUACAAGUGCAACUGACUCUGGAAAGAACAAACUGCUCACUGAAUGUCCUUCUACAAUACAAAUUCUGGCUGCAAUGGCCGUGGUACAAGGUAUGCGUUCAUUGGCCCCAAAAAAUCUUCAACUACCAGUGCGCAUCAAAUGGCCAAAUGACAUAUACGUUCAACGGGCCUUUCCCAUGAAAAUUGGGGGUGUACUAGUGAACGGAGAGUUUUGUGGCAGUGAGAGAGCCAAGUUUUUGAUUGGCAUUGGGCUGAAUUUGGACAAUGAAAAACCAACUGUCUCAAUCAAUCAAACACUAGCUGAGCUGGACGCGCAGGCUGACAAAAUAGGACGAGAGCAGCUAUUGGCUUCCAUCUACGCACAUUUCCUAAGUUUAGUCAACUACGCAGAGAGAUAUGGCUUCGACUCAAACAUGAUAUCACAAUACUGCUCCCUGUGGAUUCACUCGGAGCAGAAGAUUCACUUCUUCGAAAGAGACCAAUCGGAUGUGUGUACCGCCGAGGAACACUUAGUGAAGAGAGAGGGAGUGAUCAAAACAGUAGAUUCUCAAGGCUUCCUUAUUGUAGAGACUGAUACGACUAGCAAAGAGCUAAUCAGUCUGCACCCCGAUGGAAACAGUUUCGACCUCACCCAGAAUCUGGUCUAUCCUGUAGCUCGAAAGUUCAAAUAGACGAAUGAUAUGAUUGAGAUAAUUUUAUUUUCAUAUAUGUGGAAACCUUGUUUUCACAUUUAAUUAGCUUAUAACUCAUUAACUUUUGUUUCUGUUUUGACUGACUUUGGAUGGGGGAAGUGUUUUUUUACUUUCAAGAGUUGGUAAUAUUGAGAAU